UUUUUCCGAUUAUGCCUCCAAAGAAGCCAUCUCCUCCAACAAAGAUCACCCCCAAGACUACUACACAAAAGCCUGGUGUAGGCAGAGGUACUGCAAGUAAGAAAAAAAGUUCUGCACCUUUAAGACCAGGGGCUGCCGGAAGCAAGGGGAGCACGACCAAGAGGGGCAGCACGUCUCCAAACAAAACGCAAGUCAAAGGCAAGGAGAACACCGCAUUAUCAAAGUCUCAAGGUAAGGAAUGGACAAAGCAAGAUGAUUCUGCAGUAAUUAUUCAGAAAUAUGUCAGAAGACACUUGGCCAAAAAGGAAAUGGUUAAAAGGCAAAAAGAAAGACAAGAAUAUGAAGAGUUGAUGGACAAGAUUCAGAAGGAGGCAUGGCUGAAGCUGGUUCAGAUGGAGAGAGAAGAAGCAGAAAGAGAAAGGAAAAAAGAGGAAGAAGAGAGAAGAAAGAGGAAAGAGGAGGCAAAGAGGAGAACUAGAAUACUUGAGGCUGCAUUCGAUGGUGAUAGUGAUGAGAUUUUAGCUGUGUUGGACGAGACUUAUGAAGAAGACUCCAAAAGAUCCGACCUAUCUGAACCUGCACGGCAAUCACUUAUAGCUAGGCAUCAGAUGGCUCUUGUGGACUGUGAAGAUGCAAACAACAACACCCCUUUGUCAGAAGCAGCAGGAGGGGGCCAUGUGGGAACAAUAAUGCUUCUGAUCCAGAGAGGAGCCAUGCUGAAUUCCAGGGGAAGAUAUCAACGAGUACCACUGUGGCGAGCUGCCUUUGGUGGACAUCUUCAGGCUGUUCAGACCCUUCUAGAGCAUGGUGGUGACCCUAGACUCAUAGCAGAUGAUGGCACAAAUGCAAUACAGGUGGCAGCUCUACCAGCUGUUGAACAGGUGUUACAAGAGUGGGACAUCAAGCAAACAGAUGUUUUACUGGAAAAACUGGAAGCUGAUAGAAGUGCCAGACAAGAACAAGAGAAGAAGUUAAGAGAGGCAGAGAACAGUAGACUUGAGAAGGAAUUAGAUAAUGCAGAAAAGGAGAAUCAAGCUCAUCAGAAAGAGUUGGCUAAAGCACACUGUGAACUAAACAAAAGAAUUUAUGAACAUGACAAGUGUAUGACUGAAGGAAAGACUGACAAACAUGAUGUAACCCUGCAGGCUAUACAUGAUGCUGAGGCAGUGCUUGAACUUGCAAGGAAAAAAGCAGAAGUUUCAAAAGAAGCAUUAGCUCAGGUGAAACUUAAACUUAGAGAGCAGCAUCAAAAGGAGGACAAUUCUGCAGCUGACACAGAUCUAAAGGGAACAAAGGUAAUGAUUAAAGACCUCGAUGAUGUAUUGUUCAGAGAUAUCGGUGGCAAGAUCGCUGCAGAUGGAAGGUGGCCCCUACUGAUAGAUUCAUCCCCUCAGACCUCCACUUUCUUGCGCUAUCGUGACACCAAUUUCUUAAAUGCACUAAAUCCCAAGCAGAUGGAGCCUGAUGUGAUUCGUCUGGCACUUUUAGGAGCUUUGAGAUACGGGAAGCCAGCUGUGGUGGAUAUGAUGGAUGUGGACAUGUUUGACACUGUUGCUAUGGUAUUUGAUGGAGUCCAGAAAGGACUUAUGGCCUCACUCAUGUCUAAAAAGCUUCUUAAAGAUAACAAAUUUCUAGAACUUGUUCAACCAAAAGAUGGAGAGGAGUACAGUAAGACAAGUUUCUUGGGAGCAAAAAUAGAGAAAUUUAUGUUCAUCAUUAUUACUCAACAGUGGAAUCCACCAGAACAUUUGCUCGAACAGACUUACCCAAUAAGAGUAAUCAUCCCUUCCAGACCAGAUUUAUGAAAUUCUGUGUUUAUGUUAUCACUCACUUCAACUUAAGUGCAUUUUAAGGAAAUUUUUUUACCAGUAACAUGUGAAUGCUUCAUAAUGCAGGCUACCUUAUAUAAAGCUGCCUGCAAGUUAUUAUCAGUGGAGCCUCCAACUACAAAAGUGGGACUGCCUAGGGUUCAAAUCCUUAUGGUUUUGUCAAAGACAGAUGUCCAUGAUCUUUCCCUCACUUCAUGUUUUAAAUAAUUAUCAGUCAUUUGAACUACUAGUACUAUUCCAGUAAGUAUAAGUCUCUUAAGAAUAUGGCACUUCUGGCCCUUCAGCCGUUUUUCUAUUGAGGCACAUAUUUGAGUUUCACUAAUUUGAAAUCAGUUAACUCCAACUUGCCUUGAAAAGCAUUCUCAAUUACUUGCUUGCAGUUGAACUCCCAUCAUUGUGCACUUGAAAGUUCCAGUUAGUGGGGUUCUUCCCCUACACACUCAAUAUAAUGCAUACAUCCUUAUUGAUAAUAUUGACCUUUGUGUCUACACUGGAUUGUUUUGAUGAAAUAACAAUGCAAUAAACUUCACCUUUUGUUGUAAGAUC